AUGAAACUUUUAGUUAUGCUUGCUCUAAAUAUAUUGUUAACAUCACAACAAAUGGGAGGAGGUGGAGGUGGAGGCGGUGGAGGUGGAGGUGGCGGAGGUGGUGGCUCUAGUUAUUAUAAUUAUGGUUCUGAUGGUGAUGGUGAAGAAUGUUCAGAUAGUUGUUGGAUUUCUAUCACUGCAAUUUUCUCAUCUAUCGUUGUUCUUCUUGCUGUUGUGUGGUGUUAUAAAUCUGGUUAUUUAAGAUGUGAUUAUUUCAAGAUUAGAAAUUCAAAAUAAAGGUUGUUUCAAAAUUUUAUUUAAAAUGAUAACACAUCUACAAGAGAUGAACUAUUAUAUGGAUUAUAAAUUCUAUAAAAUUCUCAUUGGAUGAUGAGUUAUUUUCAAAAGUCGUGGAGCAGUAUAAAAUUAUUAUAAAAGGAAUAUGAAAUACAUUAUAAUUAGGAAUUAAAUAAACAUUGUAUUGAUAUAAAAUUAAGAGCACAUGAUUCUAUUGGAGAAUCAACUUAUAAUGGUCAUAUUAAAUAAAGCAACAAUUAAUGGAAGAUUUUUAUGAUUAAAUCUUAUGAUGACAAGGUUAGAUCAAGAUAAUUUGGUGAGUAUGCUAUCCUGAUUUAUGAAGGGAUUGCUAAUCAACUUACUGAAGGGUUUACCGGAAGGUGGUAUUUCUAUGAAGCUUCUUCAUCACAUGGAGAGUGGAAAUGGUAAAGUUGUGGAGAGGAAAGAUUAUGA